CAUGGGAUGAACGGCACGCCUGUUUGCCUAUCGGAUUUUUGGGCAAGGUACAGCCUAGAGACAUGGCACCAUCCUAUUAUGUGUGUCUCUUUGUAUGGUUCGUGGGUUUUCUUGAUCAAGGGACGCAAGCAUGUGUGAGUAUCGGGGAGGACCUACUUGGCCUCAACAGCUACCUUGCCUUAAUUACAUGCCUACCUGGGCAGGCAGGCCACUAAGUGUAUAAAGUAGACGUGCUGUCUGCUGCUACAUGGCACGUUCGGAUUUCAAGUGCCUACCUAGUCUUGACGGCUCGAUUUAUAAAUACUAGGUACUGACCAAUGCCACCAGCCAACAUAUGUAUGAGCAUUCUCAUCGUCGGCGCUGGACUUGGCGGUCUUGCCGCCGCUCUAGCGCUGCAGGCCGAUGGCCACAAAGUCCGUAUACUUGAUGCGGUUUCAGAAUUUGCCGAGGUGAGUGUCUAUUUGUGGUAUGGUGUUGGGUGCAUUGAGCUACCUAUUAACGCCCAGAAACAGGCCGGUGCGGGCAUCAGGGUGCCGCCAAACUCGACCCGACUUCUGCGACGCUGGGGCGUCGAUCUAGAAAAUAUGAAAAAGUCCGUGUCAAGAAGGUAUCAUUUCGUCCGGUGGCAAGAUGGGUCGACGAUGGUAAAGAUACCAUUUGACAGCAUUGAAGAAAAGUAUGGUGCCCCUUAUUAUCUGGUGCACCGCGCAGAUCUCCACGAGGCACUCUUAACAGCAGUGCGGGAAGCAGGUGUCGAGGUGCUAAAUCGACAACGAGUCGUUUCCUACGACUUUCAGGAACCCAGCGUCACCACUCAAACCGGCGAAGUGUUUACUGCGGACUUGGUGAUUGCCGCCGAUGGUAUUAAGUCAAUCACACGGCCGCUGCUCACAGGCCAACCUGACGUCCCUCGCGACACAGGAGAUGUAGCUUACAGGAUCCUCCUUCCGGCGGAGAAGUUGCUGGUGGAUCCCGAACUGGCAAGCUUGAUCACAGAUCCAUGUACGACAUCGUGGUGCGGGCCGGAUGCUCAUAUUGUCGGCUAUCCUAUCCGCAACGGUGAAUUGUACAAUGCCGUCGUAUGUGCGACCUCCUAUAACGAGACGACGGACGAGGUAUGGGUGAUCAAGGGUGACAAUGGCGAACUGUGCAAGCGCUUUGCGAGCUGGGAGCCCCGCGUUCGGAAGCUCUUUGCGCUUACGGGGGAUUUCAUGAAAUGGCGGCUCUGCGACCUACCCGACCUAUCGCGCUGGGUACACCCCUCCGGCAAGGUGCUGCUUCUCGGCGAUAGCUGCCACCCGAUGCUCCCGUAUCUCGCCCAGGGCGCCGCACAAGCUUUUGAAGACGCUGCCGCUUUACGGCAGUGCUUGGCCACCACAUAUGUAGACCUCAAGGAUGCACUAGCACGCUAUGAAGCGGUUCGCAAGCCGCGCGUCACUCUUGUCCAGGCUAAGACGAGAGAGCAUCAGUAUAUCCUGCAUAUAGACGAUGGUGAGGAACAGGAGCUGCGGGAUAGGCGGCUUCAGAUCAACGGUGAUGAGAAUCCAAUUUUCUGGGGCUGUGAGGAGCGGCGGGAAUGGCUAUUUGGGCAUGAUGCGGAGGUCCUGGAGAGUGGUGGUGGUAACUGGCGUAUGCUUCCAGCUGAUGCUGAUGAUGCGGUCACUUGAAUGCCAGGGAAUAUGUCAAUACGAGGUCCCUCCAAGCUGUACUAGGAAAGGUGUAGUACUAUGGGGUUUGUGAGAAGAUGUUCAAGACAUGCCAUUUCUUUUUUAGCCCCUAUUACUAAAUACACUUGAACAACAGUAUGUUCUGAAGGCAUAUGUUGAAGUGGGAUAGGUGUCUAGUAUCCUUCGCUUAGUCUGAUGGCGGUUCGAAUACCUACUAGGUACACAGGAAAUUAAGCUCACUUCAUGUAUAUAAUCGAUACAGCUUAUCAGGUCAACUAUGAGAGCUCUUCUAGUCUUAUUCUCAAAUUUGUACAUACCAGACAAUCGGUUCCCUUACCGCCAA